AUGCAUUUCCUUCAUUCACCCAUUGAUUUUGCCUUGAGCAGUACAGAGCCCAGUUCUUUACACAGCUUCAGUUCACCAGAUGCUGUCACAGCAGCACCAGGGUCUUCAUGGAAACACAGCCAACAUGGUCAGCCAGGCUUCAGUGCUCAGAGAAUCACACGACCACAAGUUCAGGCCUCUGACUCUUCCACCAACUCCAUCAGCAUCAAAUCAGAGCCCAUCUCCCCUCCCAGAGAGCAUGCCGGCUACUCGAUCUACCCCACCAUCCACACCAGGCCUCGGCCCAACUCCAGACAAGAAGUGGGCCGCUCUCCUGCCGAGAGCUUCAGCUCUUCUGGGAGUUCAUAUGAGGGUAGUGACCGUGAGGACCAGCGGCUGGACUCUCACACAGUCGCCGCUACAUCAGGACAAAGCAGUCGAUCAUCACCAGAGACAGAGAACCAGGAAGAUCCCUCAGUCAAACGCAUGCGCACAGAGAGCUGGGUAACUUAGGAUGGCAUUUUUUUUAAAAUUACAUUUCGGAUAUGCAGACUGCUGUUGUAGCACAUGUAGUGCAACAAACAUAAAGUGCUGCUUUAGAAGUGUGAAGAAGUGUCUCUGAAAAAGAAAUACAAAGACAGUUAUUGUAAAUGUGUGCGUUCCGUUUGUAUUGUUUUAGGAUUUUAAUAUUGAUAAAAAUCUAAGUUAUGAAGUGUCUGACACAUUUUUGUCAAUAGAGGGUUAGCUGUGCUGCAUUAUUUGCAGUACAUAAUUUUUUGCAAGCCAAAUGUGUUAUUUUAUCUUUUGUAUGUUUAUCUGAAUCCUCAAUCAAAGCCAUAUAAAUAUUGAUAGGGAUUUACUAUUUGCUGUCAUUUAGUGUAUGAGUUUGAUGCCCUAGUGAUCAUAAUUUUUAAAAGACAUUUCAUUUUGUUUCAUUUUUGUGCUAUAGGGGAAAAAAAAACCCAGUUUGAAAUGGCAAACUUAAUCUUCCGUGGAGUGUUUACUUGUCUGUCAAGUUUUAGAUGAACCUCAGGUAUCUUGCAUUUCAAUCAUCAACUGGCAGCCAAAUGACACUUUCAGUUCUUUCAAGAUUUGUGGAGAACAGAUGAUAAAAUGGCCCAAAAAUGAUUGAUUAAUUCGAUUUAUUAAUGUAACCAACCACCUUGCAACGACGUAGUGGGUGAUAAAAUUAGCUAAUCAUAAAUUUGACUUUUGUUCUUAAAACCACAAUCCCUCUAUAAGAGAACACACUAUAAACGUCAUAUUCACACAAAAAAAUAUCUAAAUAUUUGUGAAUUAGAUGUUUAAUAUCAUUUACACAAUGUGAAUACUGAUACUACCUGAAAAUACCUGAUUACACAAGCAUUUAAAAAAUAUAUGAAAAGUAUUUAAAUGUCUUUUAUAGUGUUUUUAUCCAUUAUUCUGAUUCUGCUGAAUGUGAUGGGGAUGCUGUAAAGGAACCGUCGAGCUUUAUAGCCAUUUUCUAGUUGUUUUGUGAACAUUAAACUCACAGUCUCCGAUGAGACGUUUAGGUAUUUUGCUGCUAAUACCAGGUUUUAUUUGACAGCUGUUGCUCUUUACUGACACAGGAUGUUUGUUAGGCCAAUGCCUUUAAAAUCUUCCUUCAUGCCAUAAAAUCAUUUUUCUCUGAUGCCAAUGCAUUCUGUGGAACUCUAUUAGUUGUCUCCGUUUUUUCUCAAAUCAAGCCGACCCCUUUAUUGUUUGUAAACCUGUUA